CGCCCCCACGACACCCGAGUUCAUGUGGGGAAACUGGGGUUAAUCAACGUUUUUUGUACAAUUCGCCGCCGUCCGCAGUUUUUGAUUGGUGCAGGGAGACAGCAAUUUCUCCGGUCACGAGGGUAUGAGAGGGGUAAAGCUCGGCAUCUCUACGUGCAUCAUGACGAUGUUCGGCAAGUCUCCGUGGCAGUUGCGCAUGUUCGCCGAUGGUCUUGAGGAUGGGAGAAGUGUUGCAGACCUGGCGGCGAGGAACCAGGAGAAGAGGAUGUGGCUGGAAGUUGGUGUUGUGGCCCGCACUUUCCCGCCGCGCUGGCGAACGCCCUUUCGGUCGCUAACGACAUCGGUGUCUCGGUCACUCGUUCUUCGGCACGCCCUCUUUACGGCGCUCUGUCGGCUUACCAAGACACACGAACGUAUCGUUUAUGUCAACAAGAGAGCGAUAACGGUUGCCGUGGAUAUGCAAGCUGUAUGCCAGGGCUGUUGGUGUGACGCGGUCGAAAUAGAGGGUGGGAAAAUUGCCCUGUCUGGCUGCGCAUCGAGGCGCUCGGGACUGCCAAAAUUCAAGUAUUCAUCGUCGUAACGUCUCUCAGAGCGUCCUGCUGGACUGAGCCCAGGCGCGAGGCAACAGAUAGGUAAGAAAAUAGGGCCGCAUGGUGUCCGCUCUCACCUGCACAAAUCGGUCCCCUUGUUACGAAUUGAGAAGUGCAUAGCUCAAAAGAGUACGGCGCUUACAGAAGCACCAUCAUAUUCCAACACCAGAUUCCAACAGUCC